AUGGCAGUCCAAGUCCAAGUCCAAGGCACGCCAUCUUUAGAUCUUCCUAUCUCCGACCGACCCUCACUGCCUGCGACCUUUCUCUACCCCUCCUCGACCCCUCCCCAACUCAUCACACAAGGCGCAGAAGCUCUCCUCUUCCGCAGCACCUACCUCGUCACCGAUCUGCCCUGCGCGCUCAAAUACCGACCUUCAAAACCCUACCGGCAUCCCAUUCUCGAUCAACGCUUAACGAAACAUCGUAUCCUGUCCGAGGCCAGAGUGCUGGUCAAAUGUAGGAAAGAGGGUGUGCCGGUUCCUGCGGUAUAUGCGCUGGAUGAAUUGAAGGGAUGGCUGAUGAUAGAGUGGAUUGAGGGAGAGGUGGUUAGAAUACGACUGAAUGAAUGGCUGAAGCGGAGGAAGGAUGCUGGCGUGCAAGAGGGUGUUGAUGAUGAGGAGUUGGUAGGGUUGAUGGGAAGGGUGGGAGAUGCUGUGGGCAGAAUGCAUGCAGUGGGAGUUGUGCAUGGGGAUUUGACGACAAGUAAUUUGAUGCUCAGGCCGAGAGCCAAGGAGGCUGUAAAUGGAGACACGGUCGAGAAUAAGGUGCUGGACGGUGAGAUUGUGCUGAUAGAUUUUGGCCUGGCAAGUCAAAGCACUCAGGACGAGGACCGAGCUGUAGAUUUGUACGUGCUGGAAAGAGCUUUUGGGAGUACACAUCCAAAGGCAGAGAGCUUGUUCAAGGAGUUUCUAAGUGCGUAUGGGAAGAGCUUCAAAGGUGGUAAUGUCGUCCUUAAGAAACUGGAGGAGGUCAGGAUGAGAGGAAGGAAGAGGAGCAUGAUCGGCUGA